AUGGAUGUGUGCAUCUGCAUGGACCGCUACGUCGCCGUGGUCCACCCCAUCCUCUACACCGGCAUCCGCAACAACAAGAUCCGCGCUGCCGUCUCCGUGGCGGCGUGGUCCCUCAUCCUGGCGUACGGCCUCGCCAAGAGCAUCCUGGGAGUGAUGAGCGUCAACGAGAUCUUCAGCGGCCUCAUCCUCUUCAGCUUCGCCCUCAUGAUCUUCUGCAACAUCUCCGUCGUCUGGGCGCUGAGGCGCUCCGUGGCGGGCAAGGAGGUCAUGCACCCCGUGAAGAAGAAAGCCUUGAAGAUGGUGCUGACCCUCCUGAGCAUCAUCAUCUUCAACUACCUCCCUCCCGUGGCCCUCAUCCCCUUCUACUCCUACUUCACCGUGGCCCAGUUCCGCUGCCAGGUAGCCACUAGCGUGUUUUCCAUCAUGGACCUGGACCUACGUGACCGAGAUGGACCGGCCGGCCUGGAUGGGGGAGGGGGGGUGCUGCGGGCUGUUCGCCCCCGUCAAGAAGCCCCAGGAGGUGAAGGACACCUCUUAAUUAAACCCCAGAGGGACCAAUCAGAGGCUGGCUAG